AUGGCAACCCCCUCGGAGCCCGCUGCCCUCUCCCAGACCCGCAAAUCCAAACUUCCCCCCGAACCCCUCCAACAAAACCUCGACCUCAUUCCUCUCCCCCGCCAAGGCGAGACCCGCCGUUUCAUGGCCGCGCGCGCGGCCUACUUGCCGGGAUCUGACAUCGAAAUCGAUGGCGAACUGCCGAUGAACAGGGCCAAUGCCUUCGGUGGACAUGUGUAUGGGCAAUCUGCGCUGGCGGCGGCGUGGACAUGGAGGGAGAUUGAGCGGGAACGGGGGGCUAAGCCUGAGGAGAGGUUGGAUCUCCACACAAUCCACGGCUUUUUCACCCGUCCCGGCGCGCGUGACCGUCCCUUCCUCUACGACGUAACCCCUCUCACCUCGACCCGAACUUUCGCCUCGCUCAGCGUCAUCGCCCGCCAACCAACCCAGUCCUCAACCGCCGGCCCGGCCGCCAUCAACCAAGGGUUCCCCCUCGCCGACGCCUCCCUUCCGCUCGCCCAGCCCGCUUUCACAGCCAUGAUCUCGUUAAAACAACCGGAGCAUGAUAGUGCAGGGGUUGAGACACAGGAAGAGCCGCCACAGGUGAGAUUCAAGGAGAUUUUAGAGUCUAGGAGGCCGGAGGAGUGGCCCCCUGCUCCUCCGGUCGAUCUUUCGGCUAUUGUGGCCUUCGUCGGGGCGCAUCAGGAGGGACGGUUCCCGGUUGCCAUAAUGAAAAAGGUUGAUAUGCGGGCUUGGAAUAGGGGAAAGCCUCUUCAUGAGAGGAGGGAGUUGGUUUUGUAUAAGCUGCACGCCCCUUUGCCUGUGGAAGAUGAGGGGAAGUGGGAUGCGAAUGCUCAUGUCGUGGCUCACGCGUACGUCGCGGACCGCAACGGGCUGCUCAUGGUGGCGAAUAAUAUGGGUUUCGGGUUCACUUUGGAAAAGGCGGCGAGUCUGAGCUAUUCAUUUGUGAUGCAUGUGGGCGCGAAGGAGGCAGUGAUGAGGGAGGAGGAAGGGUGGUGGGUGCAGGAGUUGUGGUUUCCUAGGACGGGGAGGGGCAGGGGCAUUGUGGAAAGUAAGAUUUGGAGUCCAAGGGGUGUGCAUGUGGCGACAGAGUAUCAGGAUGGAAUGAUUAGGGGGUAUGAGAGGGGAUUUGUGGAUGAGGGGGAGGAGAGGGAGGAGGGGGAGGCGAGGGAAAGCAAGUUGUAG